ACAGAUAGAAAAAGAGAGAGGAACCUGAUCCGGCUGCUCUCAGUAUCCGGCGGUGCUGCAGCAGAGCUGAAGUGCUUAUAAACUAAGCAGUAUUUACAGUAUAUAUCUGUACAUUAUAUUAUAUAUAACACUUUAUACAGUGUUAUAUUAUAUAAAGAGCGGAGGAGCGGCGAGGACCCGGAUGGUCGGAGCGGACGGAGCGAUGGCGGCUCACGCGAGCGAACUGGAGGCGGCAAAGAAGAACCUGACCGACGCGAUCGGGGACAAUAUCAAACAUUACUGGGCGAAUCUGAAACUGUGGUUUAAACAGAAGAUCAGCAAGGAGGAGUUUGACGUUGAAGCCCGCCGUCUUUUGGGACAAGAUAACAUUCAUGUUCACAAUGACUUCCUGCUGGCCAUUCUUACACGCUGUCAGAUCAUUGUGUCCACUCCAGAGGGUCCCGGCUCAUUGCAGUGGUCAGGCAGCUCUGCCUCUAAACCUGGCAAACCGAACAAAGGCAAAAAGAAGUUUUCAUCUGUCCGUCAGAAGUUUGACCAUCGCUUCCAGCCUCAGAACCCGUUAACCGGAGCUCAGCCGUUCAGCCCUCGAGAGGCUGGACCAGAGGAGGAGGAGAUGAGGCUCAGCGCCCACACGCUGCUGCUGCCCACCCGGGGUCAGCUGGAGGCUCGUAUGAUGGUGACCGCCUUCGAGAUGGGUCUGGAUAACGUCACAGAGGAGGCUGUGAGCACGGUGGUCUGCGCUUUAGAGGUCCAUUUAAAGGAUGUGAUCACGGCCGUGGUGUCGAGGAGAAAAGCUUACCGCCUGAGAGACGGACACUUCCAGUACGCCUUCGGCAACGACGUCACGCCACAGCCCUACCUCAAGAACAGCUUGGCUGCGUAUCAGACUGUUACAGAGUGUCCUCCUCCCAGCGCCUCGCUGCCGGCCGGCCCUCCUUCACUGGUGUCUCCAGAUGAUGCAGAACAGCAGGCUGCUCUCCUAUUGGCCUGUGCUGGUGACACUGUCCCUGCCCCUCUGCCGCCUAUUAGCAUGUACGAUCUGCUGGAAGCUCUUCAGGUGCAGCGCAGGGUGAUGCCCUCUCACACUGUUUACGCUCUGAACAUCGAGCGCAUCCUCGCCAGGCUCUGGCACCCCAGCCACGAGGAGCUGGAGCAGGACCACAUCCACAGACAGCGACUCGCCGCCAAGGAGGGUCUGCUGAUCAGCUGAGGGGGUCUAAAGUUACAGAGUCAGGGCUGCUUUAUUCUCUCUGGGGAGCAGGAACAUGCAGUGUGAACAGAAUCUGCUAUUAGCUAUGAGAAUAGCGUCACUGUCCAAUGAAAAACAAGUAUCUCCAAAACAGCAACUUUACAGGAAAGACAAAAAACAUUCUAAACCAUUCUUUCAAUGGAAAUCAAUGUAAAAAGAGUUUAUUUUAGGUCAUUUUGAAGUAUUUGCAUUGGUCUGUUCAAAAAAAUGUUGGCAAAAAAUCUACAAAAAUAGAGAUACUUGUUUUUCAUUGGACAGCAACGAUAUUCAACAUGUACUUCACAGUAUCUGUUGAUAAUUGAUUUUGAAGACGUGAGACGGUGGUAUUUUGGUAAGACUUAGGGGUACCACUUUAAAAUAAGACUACCCUUAUAAAGGGUUUAUAAAUCGUUUAUAAAUGCGUUUAUUAAUGAUUAUUUAUUAGGUUGUAAAUGCCUUAAAAACGUUUGAUAAGCAGUUACAACACAUCAAUUGAAAAGGCAUCAAUGAUCCAUUGUUUACUUAGUCAUUUAAUUUAAAGUAAAUAGUUCAACAUAUUUACAAAUAUAUUAAUAUGACAGGUUUAAGUGCUGAUUGAUGGAAAACACAAAGUAAGGUCAGGCUCUAGAAAGAUCUGAGAUUUACCAUUUUUAUUUGUGUUAUAUAUUUAUUAACUGCUUAUUAAUGGAUUUUAAAGUAUUUGCAACCUAAUUAAUACAUAUUAAUAAACCUUUAUAAAUCAUUCAUAAACCCAUUAUAAAGGUAGUCUUAUUAUAAAGUGGUACCGACUUAGGUCUCUAUUUCACCACAGACCUACUUUAAUUUUUCAGUAUAUUUGAGAACAGUGUAUAGGAAAAGCGCAGUGUUAUAUCAGAUAUUUUGAUGAAGAUUAAGCUAGUAAAUAUCUGCUAUUUAAAUGGUUUAUAGAAAACUUUAUUGCCCAAGUCAUAAUUCUAUGGUUUUAAUAAAUGAAAUGACUGAAUGAUUUGUAGCAGCACAUGCAGCAUAGUUUAAUCUAAAGUUAGGCUACUUUAAAAUAGUGGAUAAAAUGUUUUUCUAUAAACCAUUUAAUGCGUCAACAUGCAUUAGAUUAUUAAAGACUAUCUGUUCUCAGCAAAUAGUAAUCAUAUACUAGUGCAUCUCAAAAAAAAAAAUAGAAUAUCAAAAUAAAGUUACUUUAUAUCAGUAAUUUAGUUAAAAACCUGAAACUCCUAUAUUAUAUACAUGUAUUAAAUACAGACUGAUCUAUUUUAAGCUUUUAGUGGUUUAGAGAGUCAUGUCAUUUGCUGGUAUUGGUCCAAAGUCAGUGCACUUUAUGCUUUCCUCUACUGACAACUUUUAUAAAAAUGUGGAUUUCAUUUUCCAGCAGGAUUUGGCACACUGCCAAAACUAUAAAACAAUUGGUCUUAUAAUAUAAUAUUCUAAUGUUCUGAGACACUGAUUUUUGGGUUUUUUAUUGGCUGUAAGCCAUAAUCAUUAACAAUAAAAUAAAUAAAUGCUUAAAAUAGAUCACUCUGUUUAAUACAUCUAUAUAAUAUAUAAUAGUUUCACAUUUUGAACUGAAUUACUGAAAUAAAGUAACUUUUCAAUAAUAUUCUAAUUUUUGAAGAUGCACUAGUAUUCUGCGUUAUGUUUUUUAUGUAUGGAACAGUUAUGGUUUUACAUAGCUGGUGUCCAUAUGGUGCUUCCUCUUCACAGGUGGUAGAAGAAGAUCCACAGCCAUAACAUCUAAUGGCUACAAGGCCAGAUAAAGUUUGAUUUGUACAGAUAUUGUUUGUACUUUUGUAAAUAUUUGUGUACCAAGUAAUGUUUUUGUCUACAUAAAUAAAUAUCAGCUAAAAAAAAAAA